AUGAAUUUCACAGCUAAAGAGGUGGAACCACUGCUUCAUGCUAAUCUCAACAUUCAGAUGGGGGUAGUGCAAGAUCUACUUGAGAAGAAGCGCCAAGUUAAAGUUUCACUGCCUAAAUUGAGGAGGGCAAAGAUGAUUGCAGUGGCAAAGUUAAUGGGGACUAUAGGACCAAUAUGGGGUUUGUUGCCUGCUAUGGCCAAGGUCUUUCCAAUAGUUGAACAUAGGUAUUGCCUGAGGCACAUUCACGAGAAUAUGAAGAAGACAUGGCGGGGAGAUGUGUACAAGAACCUGUUAUGGAGAUGUGCAAGUGCAACAAGCAUGCCCUAUUAUGAAAGGGCAAUGGAGGAUAUUAAAGCCAUAGACAAAAAGUUGUAUGAUUGGCUGACGGAGAUCCCUGCAAUAGCAUGGUCACGAGCCCACUUUUCAGGAAGGGUAAAGUGCGAUAUGCUAUUGAACAAUAUUUGUGAGGUGUUUAACAAACAAUUCUUCGGUGCAAGAGACAAGCCAAUCAUCACAUGCUUAGAAUACAUCAGGGAAUAUUUGACCAAACGAAUUGUCAACGUGAAAAAGAUCAUAGCCAAAAGUGAUGGCCCACUAAGUCCUGCUGCUACCACAAUGUUUGAUAGUAUCAAGAAUGAGGCUUCACAAUACAAUGUGUUGAUGACAGGUUCCUCCAACUACCAAGUUACUGAUUCGAGAAACAAGACAGUGGUUGAUGUGCAGAUGAGAACAUGUUCAUGCAGGAAAUGGGAUCUGAUAGGAAUGCCUUGUAAACAUGCUGUUGCUGCAAUUUGGAACGUGUCUGAAAAUGGUUUGAGUCCUGGUAUUCCAGAGAGUUGGGUUGAUCCUGUGUAUUGGCUGGACAGUUGGAAGAAAGUUUACAUGCACACUAUUGAUCCAAUUGCAGGACCUGAGAUGUGGCCUCGGUCAAGAUGCCUAACCAAAUUGACCCCUCCAAAAUAUCAUAAGCAGGUAGGAAGGCCUAAGAAGAAACGAAAGACGUCACAGUUGGACGUAGAGGCCAAGUUAACAAAGGGAGGGAAGCUAACAAGAAAAUGA